AUGCAACAAGAGGUUGAAAUUGAAGGAGACCUGCAGCCCACGCCGCUUCCAGUGCUAAGUGAACACCAGAGAACACACAAUGUUGAUACACUUGGCGAACCAGCCUUGGCCAUCCCAGACGCUUUCACAGCUGUGGCCUCACGAGCUGCAGCGCCUGUUGCAUCAGAUGAGAAUACUGCCGAACCCCGGGACAUUCCUGUUGAGACAGAGCAGCCUGAUGCAACAGCAGAGUUGGGUACAAGGUUUUUCACUGUCCUCUGCCCGCAAUAUCAUACUGAGCUUGUGCAAAUAGUGUUUCGAAUUCCAGGGACUUCCCUUGAUGAGGCAUUGCAUGAAGUCAGGGGUUACUUCCUCUUCCUUGACGGCCGACAGGGGGACGACGACCUUACCGAGGAACAUGGGGAAAGUGAGGUAGGUGCUGUCACUGCCCACUUCAUUGUGCUCAUUCCGGAUUGUCUGCCAGAGCAUGUUGCCUUUGCAUUACCUGAAAACCUCACAGUCCCGGAAGUCCUGAACAUCAUCAGUGACGAAAUUGAUGAGCAGCGGUCGUUGUACUACCCAACACUCCAAGAGGCCAAUCCGCAACCAGACCGUCACUGGGGCACAGUCAUUGCCUCGCCGCCAUGGGCUGGAGAUAUAGCCAUAGGAUGCUUCGAUACUAGGCAAAUCGAUGGUCGUCUCUUCGCCCUUGAAGUGCCGCGGCGAGCAACGGCAGAGCAGCUCUGCAGAAUAGCCAAGCUCGACGAUGCAGAUACAAUUGCGGUUUUUGCGUAUGGUAGCCAUCUCCCUCUGGCUCCUGGUGAACACGCAGUUUACAUCCCUGGAGGUGUUGUUGUUUUUGUUCCCAGGCCUGCGCAGGUACCGCGAUUAUGCAACUUAGAGUGGAUCCUAGAAAGGCCUUUCUUAUGGGAUGCCGACCCUGAGAUGCCAUACGGCGCUGUUGGGCAUCACUUUUGUUGCGUUACCGGGUGCAAUCGCCUUGUGACACACGAUAGGAACCAACAUGGAACGUUGCACACAGCAAUUGCCAGGACACUGCAAUUUGCCGAGGAUAUGAUCCUCGUUAGGGCGGCAGACCCGACGGUUGCUGACGCAGCCAUCAACGGGCACCACUGCCUGAACGUCAUAGCUGCUAUCCCCAGAGUAGCCUGGCCACAUGGAGUUCCUCCUGUCUUUGGGCUCCUUGACUGUCGACCAAUCUUGCAGGGAUGGUCUCUUAUAGAAGCCCCUGCAGGUAGAGCCACAUAUUCUGAUAUAGUGUCUGUUCUAGACAUCUUCGCACCUGAAGGUUGGAUUUCACAGAUAGAUCCAGUCGGCAUCGAUGACAAUGGCCAGUUCCAGGUUAGAGAAGGACAGGUCUUCACUGCAUCUUAUGCACCGGUCUCAGAUGAUGAAGAUGCUCCGCCUGAGUCUUCUGCUGCUGUCCCUGUUCUCAGUGACACACAGAGCGAAGAGGACGAGGUAGAUUUGUCUGUUGGACACAACAACAGAGGACAGCGCUCCAGGAGCCGAUCUCCACACGGCGCCGCACUAGGUGUUCUGAGCGCGCAGCGCCGUGACUUGGCGCACCACCAAACUAGUGUGACCGCCGCCAAACGGAGCGAUUCACAAAUUGAGUCCCCACCAGUUGGCCAGGCACACAGUGCCUCCAUUGCAAUCACAGAACUCCCUUCCAGUAGAGUAGCCAAGCAUUUCAGCAGUUCUUGUUCCGAACGUUUUUCGUACACCUGCCGACUUGCCUCUGUCCUCCUGAGGGAAAGGUUGCCCUUUUUGCAGGAUUCUCACAGCCUGGAGGACGCUUUCACGGCAGUAUGCCGAGCAACGGGCCUUCCUGGAAUCCCCUGGGUUGUGUCGCAUAACCUUGGCCCCCACAAAGAAAGCCAUUCUUCAGCACAGUGGCGAGAAACCAACCUGCCUCUGCUCGACGGUGGCACUAUUGUGCCUUGGGUGUAUACAGCACCGCCGGACCGUCUGCCUGAUGCCAUCACCGGUCCACAGGGUGGUACGGCCGACUCCGAGCACAAUGCAGAAUCCCUCCGCGCAACCUUUUACGUUGUCGCUUUGGGAUAUCAGCCGCAGCGAGUUGAUGUUGACCUGAGCGUACCCACUGUCCCGGCUGCAGUGCUCGCAGAAGUUCGGACGAACAGAUCACAGCCCGACCGAAGGCGCUUCCCGGUCCUCACAGCAGUACAUCCCCAAUCACUUCCUGGCGUAGGGGUGUUCUUGUCUGAACCCAUGUGGGAUGUAGAUAGCCCCCACUUCUGUGUAGAUACUGUCGCUAUUGAUGGGCGUUUUUAUGUUAGCACGGGACGCACAGUCGCAGACAGGUACGCCCUGCUCCUGGCAGCUGACUUGCCACUGAACGCCCAAGUCGACAUCUAUGUCGGAGACUCGGAUUUGCCCCUACAAGACGGGCAGGACUGGCUUGUAGUGCAUGGCGCAGUUGUCUCCUUUGUUCCGCUUCAGAGCCAGAUGCCAAGCCGAAGCUCCUUAAGGGCCGUCCUUCAGGACACUAGCUUCUGGCUAAAUGAGCCCUUCCAACCGCUGCAAGUGCAAGCUGAUACCUACUGCCUCGUUCAUGAUAGCCAGAGCAUCCUCCACCUUUCUGGGGGUGAUCCCCCGAUGCAUUACAGGAGACGAAUAGCAGCUUGCAUUGGCUCUGCUGAGAACCGCCUCCGCCUCUUUCCAGCGAGGCCAAGCGUCAAUGAUGCCGAGGUCAAAGGUUUCCCUGUGCUUACCGUAGUUGGGGUAGCUGAGCUAGGAGGGGAAUUUACCCGAUCCUCCUCCUGUGUCCUCCUUGAUGCAAGGCCCCUACAUGGCACUUGGCACGAACUCCAUGUUCACAACGGACGGCUGGAUUGUCGGGCCUUGUGUGAUGACAUUGACAGAAGCGCACCAGCUGGAUGGCGCACUGUCUUAGUCGGAAUACCCAGCGGCGCCGAUAGUCAUCAGGUUACUCCGGGAAGGGUCAUUGUAGCCGAAUAUGUGCCCACAGUGCCUGUGAGGGCCGCCGCACCAACUGUAACUGCACCUCCACUUGGGCAUCAGAACUCCAGUGAUGGCUCUGUUGCAACUCCGGGACCACAGAGUGAUGGUGCUCAAGCCACACCUGGCUCUAAUGCCGCUCGAGGUGACGGUGAGGAGUACACAAACAGUGAGCAGGCUCAUUCAGCUCCACUUGCUCAACCAACGCCUGCGCGAACCGGCAGUGACCCGCCAGCAUACAUGAAUUGCAUUUUUCUGAUCUGCGGACAGAAUUACUGUCCAGAAGUAGCUGAGGUCCGCCUAGCAGUAGGUACGAGCCCGGAGGAAGCCCUCCAAGCAGUCAACGCUGCCAGGGCCCCUGACUUGCGUUGCUACCUUCCUAACCUCUAUGUCGCUCACCAGCAAUCGAUUGAAGGCAUAGCCGUCCUUGUUGCUGGGCCACUUUGGCCAAUCAGUGGUGCCAUAGUUGUUGUUGAUGCCACACGAACCACUGGACAGGUUAGCGCUGUGCAUCUCCCUGGCAUAGCCGAUGCCAGUGGUAGCCAUGGUGUUGAGUUAUGGCUGGCCCGCGACGUUCUCAAGGUCGCAAUUGCGGUUUGUAAUUGUUGUGGUACAUGCACCUACAGCACAGGGGACCUGAACUCGCGCUUCAUCCAGCCGAUGCACAACCGGGUUGGCGAAAAGCUGUGGGAAACAGGUGAGGACUACACGUGGCUCGCACCAGGCAGCGGAGCAUCGUCCCGCAUCGAUUUUAUCAUCAUCCCGUGUAGUUGGGAUGUUUCCACGGGCGGCUCUUGUGUUCACCAUGAAGUCGACUUUGGACAGGCAGGAGCCGAUCAUUUUGCAGUCUCUGUUGAUGUGAGAGCUUGGAUGCACACCAAGCGCGGGAACAAGCGUGCUUCCCCACGGUUGAACAGAGCCUGUUUCAAGGAUCCGGCUUCGCAGGAAACGAUACAGCAAAUCUGUGACUCCAUUCCUGAGGUCGGAUGGGAAGUAGAUGCCCACACGCACUAUUCCAUUGUUGCCGACCACCUCAGCUCGCGUUUAGCCAUUGCCUUUCCAGCUCAAAGUAAGCCGUGUCGGCGCUCAUUCUUUACCCCAGCCACCUGGGAUCUAAGGCAAAGACGAGUCGAGCUGCGUAAACACCUCAGUUGGGCAAACCGCAACAUUCGAACUGCCGAGCUUGCCGGUUCCUUUUGUGCGUGGAUUGGCAUUGACACUUUGGGUAGUCAGCUGUGCAGACGGAUCGCCGCCUUGCUGCGAGCUUUGCACACAGCGACAAAAGGAGUUGCCGAAUUGCGACGCCUGCAGCCAGUUUUGCGUAGGUCCAUCCAACAUGACCGGAAGGCUUACCUGCAUGAGGUCGCCAAAAGUGCUGCCACCUCCCAUACUAAGGAUGUGGUGGCUAAGUUGAGGCCCCUGCUUGGCCCACCCAAGAGACAAUGCAGAGGAGUCCAGGCGUUGCCGAUGAUACGGCUUGAAGACGGAACCUUUGCCGAGGACAAGGAUUCUGCCGAUCAACGGUGGCUACGCCACUUUAGUGCUGUCGAAAGUGGCCAGCCUGUCGAUGUCCAGACCCUCAUUGCUGAUUGUCUGGAGAGACAACAAAAGGCUGAUACUGAUAGCUUGUGCCUCGAGCGUGUUGAUUUGCCAACUAGGCUCGACCUCGAACGCAGCAUGAGAUCUGCGCAGUGUGGCAAGGCGGUCGGAAACGACGGGGUAGUCCCAGAUCUCCUGCACCUGCAAGCAGCAGCCCUUGCACGGCCGGUCUACCAAAUCUUCCUUAAGGUUGCAUUCCGCCUGCAGGAACCCAUUGCUUGGAAAGGUGGCACUCUUCACUCUAUUUGGAAGGGGCGGGGAGACCAAGCUGACUGCGAGAACUACAGGGCCAUCCUGGUCAGCAGUUCCAUUGGCAAAGCUGUGCACGGCAUGUUCCGCGCCAAAUGUUCCCCAUACCUUGAACGGGCAUGCACGCCCAUGCAAAUUGGCGGAAGGAAGGGCCAGCCGGUCCAAAUUGCCACCCACGCCAUUCGAGCCUUCCAAAAAGCAUGUGUUGACAGACGGAAAUCUUGGGCUAUCCUGUUUGUCGAUCUACGGGAAGCAUUCCAUCGUGUGGUGCGCCCUCUGAUUCACGGAGGAGACCUGAGCGAUGAACACCUCGCUGGAGUGAUCAAAGAGAUAGGUCUCCCCCCGCAAUCCGUCCAUCAGCUUCAUGCGUAUGCUCGAGAUCACUCCCUUCUUGAGGAUGCUGGAGCAUCCGAUUGGACGUCCCAGGUCAUGAAAGAAUUCAUGGAAGACACAUGGGUGACCUAUGGCAACAGUGCCCACAUAGCAGCUGUCACUGCGGGCACACGCCCGGGGGACAAUUUGGCGGACCUAGUUUUCACAUUCCUCUUCGCGGAAAUUUUGCAUCGAGUCCGAGCCAAGUUUCAGGAACUCGGCAUUUCCGUUAGCAUCCCUUGGCACCCUGCGUGGCUAUGCCAGCCCAAGCACGCCGUAGCUGCAGAUACGUGCAGUCCUGUCGAUGCGACAUGGAUGGACGACCUCUCGGUUGUCACGAGUGAUAACUCCGCACAGAAACUUGUGGGCAAGCUACAGUUGGCAACCUGCAUAACCUUGGAGGAAUGCCCCAAAGCGGCUCUGUUGCCAAACCUACGUGCCGGCAAGACAGAGGCGCUUGUCGCCCUCUAUGGUCCGGGCUCCACAACCUUGGCCAAGGAGAUCUUCCAAGGCAAAACGCCCCAACUGCCCAUCGAUUCACAUCUGUGGCCACAAGCCCGAUUGGGUUUAGCCUCUUCCUAUAAGCACUUAGGAGGUUUGCUCCAUGCCAGAGGUGGGCUAAAAGUUGAAAUCCGUGCUAGACUUGGCAGCGCCUGGCAAGCUUUCAACAAGCAUAGGAAGCAGGUUUUUGCGUCUCCGAUAGUCCGAGUCUCCGAAAAGGCUGUGCUCUUUUCGUCCCUUGUGGACUCGACCUUGUACUACGGCAGUGGAACGUGGUCUGGUGUAACCAGUGCUGAUGUCGCCAGAUUGCAGAGCAACCUUGUCGAUAUGGCCAGAUGCAUAGUAGGCAAUGGUAGAGGGCGCCCUCCUGACUGUCAUGAGAGUCACUUGAGCCUGCUUGCUUCAGCUCGGAUUCCCACGGUUGCCACUUCCCUGCAUGUAGAGCGUUUACGCCAUUUUAAGUCUACGGUGCUGAAGGCCACUGCUGAACUCUGGGCCAUCCUGCACCAUGAAUCAGGCUGGAUUGCAGAGGUCCAGGCCUCUCUUAAAUGGCUCAGCGACAUGCACAGGCAGGCCGGAUCAUGUCCGCCGUACUGGGAUGACUGGACCACAGCAGUCACAUACAUUCGGGAGCAGCCUGAGGCGUGGAAAAGGGCAAUCAAUAAAGCCAGACAAACUGCCAUCCUCAAUGAAUUGUGGCAAGCUGAGCUGCAGAAGUAUCGUGGUUUAGCUUUCAGAGCUUUCCUGAAGGCUGGUGCAUGCCUGCCACACGACGUGACCCAGAGGGCCAGCAGUCCAGAAGUCUGUGGGAGAUGCGGGAUUGUCUUUGACGAUCUCAGAGCGUGGUCGCACCACGCUUUUAAACGGCAUGGGCGACUCAACCCAGUUCGUCGGCUUGCUCACGGCACGCAGUGCGCAGUUUGUCUUGGUCAAUUCCGUGCAAACCAAGGGCUUUGCAAUCAUCUGACCUACUCCAGGAAAUGCAGGCAUGCCCUCAUCAACGCUGGGUUUGAGGGCAUAGUUGAGCCAGGAGUAGGAAGCAAGAAAUUCGAUCAGGGAAAGAAAGUCCUCUUGCCUGCUGUAAGAGCACAGGGGCCCCAAGGACAGUGGGACUUUACGCCUGCUGUUGAUGAACAGGAUCAGCCAUCCGAUGCCAUUCUUUGCAGGCUUGAGGAUUGCUUCUGUAAUGAGGGCGAGGCCUAUACUGACUGGAGCACUCUAGUCGAGGCGAUCCGGGCAAUUUUCUGUGGAGAGUGCCUGCAGCUUUCACGACUGAAGGCUACUGCUCGACAGUGGUCCCAACAGCUGCAAGCCGAAAUCGAUAGAGAUGAGGAAUGGGAGAUCCGUUGGGUUUCCUGGCAUCUUCGACUUUCCCGUCUUUUGCAAGAGGUUGAUUUUGUAGAGUGGCUCAGUGAUGAAGGCUGCACGCCUUCUCUUGUUACUUCCACUUUCAGGGAUGCAGAGAUCCUUACCCCGUGGCUGGAACUACACAAUGUUGCUGUUACAAGUGUGCCUGUCCCGGUUUCUUGGGGAUGGUGCUUCUCAGGCACUGGAGUUUUGCCUCCCUGGGCUGAAUGUCCUCCUGACUGCAUCCGAGACACCCUUGACGGCGGUAACUGGAUUGAUGCAGAUAGAACCGACGGCCUGAUCUUCCUCUCAGGAGCUGGACUUCGAGUCUCCUUCUGUCCACCUCAGCCCAUGCGUUCUUUCAAGUCCCUUUCUACUCCUCUCCAACAUCUUCGCCUCCUUUCCGAUGCUGUCAGGGGCACUUUUCACCUUUGGACGAAGCGAGUCCCAGCGUGCAUCUUGCUUCCUGAGACCUCCUGCCAGACAGUUGAGGUCGUUCGCAAAUGUGCUCCCUUUAGAUUGCACAGUGAUGAAGGUGAGCUCUUUGCGAACUUCUGUCCUCAGGAUUGCCCCCUUGUUCGUUUCACCUCUUAA